GAUAAUGUUAAAAUUAUUUUUGAAAUAACAUAACCUUUAAAAAUGUUAUUGACGAGAAAUUUUAAAAAUUUUCAUUCAAAUUACCAGAAGAAACUCACUAAAUGGACUUGUAUUACGUGUGUCAGAGCAAAGAGUUCAGCAAAACCGAACACAAAGACAUAUUCAAGUACAAUAUUAUUUCCUAAAACAGAUUUUCCUGCAAGAUCAUCUGUGGAUAAGGAUGAAAUACAAAAGAGAGCUCAGUUUUCUCAAUUGUAUAACUGGCAGAGAGAACACCUGAAUGGGAAUGAGUUUGUCUUGCACGAUGGCCCACCAUAUGCCAAUGGAGACUUGCAUAUGGGCCACGCUGUUAAUAAAAUAAUAAAGGACGUAAACAAUAGAAGUCAAAUACUCCAAGGCAACAAAGUGCACUAUGUCCCUGGCUGGGAUUGCCACGGCUUACCCAUCGAGUUUAAGGCUCUUCAAGCAAAAAAGACGAAAGAUAGCCAAUCUGACCCAGUACAUACGAGGCAAAUAGCGAGAAACUUUGCCUUAGAGACUGUUGAGAAACAGAAAGCAUCGUUUGAAAGUUGGGGCGUCAUGGCAGAUUGGAAUGAACAAUGUUACUUAACCCUAAAUAAAGAUUAUGUUCAGAAUCAACUGAGGCAGUUCUAUAAGAUGUAUAAGUCCGGGCUUAUUUAUAGAGCUCUAAAACCAGUUUAUUGGUCUCCUUCUUCGAGAACAGCUCUAGCAGAGGCUGAGUUAGAAUACGAUCCUCAGUUUAAAAGUAAAGAGGUUUAUGUUAAGUUCCAAAUGGAAAAUCUGCCUGAAGCAGCAAGAAAUGUUGCCGGUGGGAAGCCAAUAUCAGCAUUAGUAUGGACGACAACACCAUGGACCCUCAUAGCAAACAAGGCUAUUGCCUUCAACCCCAACAUGACAUACUGUGUGGUCAUGUUCAGUACAAGGAAAGAACUAUUUCUGAUAGCAAGUGAUCAAGUUGAAGAGUUGAAGAUGGUUUUGAAUUGUGAUAUAAACACGCUGGUCGAUAUUCCAGGUAAAGAUCUCCAAGACUGUACCUACAAGAGUGAACUAACGAAGGAAGUCCUGCCCUUUUUGGAGGCGGGUCACGUGACGAAGGGCAAAGGGACAGGGCUAGUUCACACUGCGCCCGCGCACGGGCCGGAUGACUUUUUAGUCGCUUUGAGGAAUAAUAUGAUUGUGGAGUGUAACGUAGACGAAUUAGGUCGUUACACAAACUUAGGACCUGACUACGAUGGUCUCCAAGUACUUACCGAAGGUCAAGAGGUGAUCUUAGAGAAACUUGAAGAUUCCAUCGUUCAUCAAGGGACGUACAUUCACUCGUACCCCCUGGAUUGGAGGACUAAGAAGCCGGUCAUCAUCAGGGCUAGUCACCAGUGGUUUAUUGAUACAUCCGCUUUAAAGGAACAAGCGUUGGCAGCUCUAGAUAAAGUGGUGAUUCUACCGCCAGUAACAGCCGACCAGUCUAGACAAGGCUUUAGGGCGCAAUUAGAAAAAAGGCCAUAUUGGUGUAUAUCGAGGCAAAGGGCCUGGGGGGUGCCCAUACCUGUGCUGUAUAAAGGAAGUGACGUCAUUGUUGAAGAAGAUAUAAUAGAAAAAUUAUGCGAAUUAAUAAACAAACGCGAUACAGAUGCUUGGUGGACUUGUGAUGUUAAGGAAUUGAUACCAGAUAGUGUAGUCGAGAAAUAUGAUUUAGAUACUAGUGAUGUGACUAAAGGAAAGGACAUAAUGGACAUCUGGCUAGACUCAGGGCUGUCCUGGCAGACCCUUAGCAAUAAAAAAGCGAGUCUUUACUCCGAAGGUAUAGACCAGUUAACUGGCUGGUUCCAGGCUUCCUUGCUUACGUCACUGGCCCUGAAAGGGGAAGCGCCUUAUGAGUAA